UACUAGGGACAUCACUUGAAUCCAAUCUUGGUACAUAGUUAUCACCUCAAUGAAUCCAAAGUUAAAGUCCAAAAUCUGGGGAGAAAAUAAAGUAAUAUAUUCACCAUUUUCAGUAUCAACACCUACUAAGGACAAUAUCAUCCUUACAACAAUUAUUGGUCCAAAAAUUAUCAUUGGAUGUUAUAAAGUCAGUGCUCUAAUUAUAUUCUUGUUUGUAACCAUCCAGCUGAAUUAUGGAAAGAAAGAAGUUGUUACUAUUAGUUUUGUUUAUGGUUUUAGUUUUUUAUGGCUAUUAUUUUGAAAGAGGGACUUCAACGACAGUAACAUAUGAUCAUAAGGCAUUGGUCAUUAAUGGAAAGAGGAGAAUUUUGCAAUCAGGGUCAAUACAUUAUCCAAGAACUACACCUGAAAUAUGGCCAGAGAUCUUUAGAAAGGCUAAGGAAGGAGGAUUGGACGUGAUAGAGACUUAUGUUUUCUGGAAUUAUCAUGAACCUGUCAAAGGAGAGUACUACUUUGAGGGCAGGUUUGACCUUGUACGGUUUGUGAAGACAGCGCAAGAAGCUGGUCUCUAUGUGCAUCUGAGAAUUGGACCAUAUGCCUGUGCUGAAUGGAACUAUGGGGGUUUCCCAAUGUGGCUACAUUUUAUCCCCGGAAUCCAGUUUCGGACAACAAAUGAACUUUUUAUGAGUGAAAUGAAGCUCUUUCUUGCCAAGAUUGUUAAUCUUAUGAAGGAUGAGAACCUCUUUGCUACACAAGGAGGUCCAAUUAUUCUUGCUCAGGUAGAAAAUGAGUAUGGAAAUGUUGAGUGGGCAUAUGGAGUCAGCGGAAAACUUUAUGUGAAAUGGGCUGCAGAAACUGCUGUUAGUCUUAAUACGACUGUCCCUUGGGUGAUGUGCGCGCAACAAGAUGCACCCGAUUCAGUUAUAAAUACAUGUAAUGGAUUCUAUUGUGAUCGGUUCACUCCAAAUUCUCCAUCGAAGCCAAAGAUGUGGACGGAGAACUACGUCGGAUGGUUCCUUGCAUUUGGUUAUGCUGUUCCUUAUCGCCCUGUUGAAGACUUAGCUUUUGCUGUUGCACGCUUUUUUGAAACUGGUGGUACUUUUCAAAAUUAUUACAUGUAUUUUGGUGGCACCAAUUUUGGUCGAACAGCAGGAGGCCCUCUAGUAGCAACAAGCUAUGACUAUGAUGCCCCCAUAGAUGAGUACGGUUUCAUAAGUCAGCCAAAGUGGGGCCACCUGCGCGACUUGCACAAGGCGUUAAAACAUUGCGAAGAGUAUUUGGUUAAUGCAGAUCCAACUCAUUUGUCCCUUGGUUUUAAACUUGAGGCACAUGUAUAUUACAAAACCUCCAAUGACUGUGCAGCCUUUCUUGCUAACUAUGGUAGCAGUUCAGAUGCAAAUGUCACAUUUAAUGGGAAGUCAUAUUUUCUUCCUGCUUGGUCUGUUAGCAUUCUACCAGACUGUAAGAAUGUCAUAUUCAACACCGCUAAGGUUAUUUCACAAAAAACAACUGGAAGUACAGCCUUUACUCACAACACAGUUACAAUUGAAAAUUCACUGGAGUCAGGUCCUUGGGGCUGGUACAAAGAAAAAGUUGGUAUCUGGAACAAUAAUUCGUUCGCAGCAUCCCGCUUAGUGGAGCAGAUAAAUACAACAAAGGAUACCAGCGAUUUCCUUUGGUAUACUACAAGUAUAAAUGUGGAGGAGAACACUAAGAAGAGAAAAACAAAAGAAUUGCAGUUAAUUAUUGGAAGUUUGGGACAUGCAGCUCUUGUUUUUGUAAACAAGAAACCAGUUGGAUUUGGCUACGGUAAUCACGAUGAUGCAAGUUUUGUUCUAAGUAAAGCAAUCCAUCUUAAGAAAGGAAACAAUACAUUGGACAUAUUAAGCAUGAUGGUUGGUCUGCAGAACUAUGGACCAUGGUUUGACAUCUCCGGAGCAGGGGUAUUUUCUGUUAUCUUCAGCGAUUUGAAGAGUAACAAGAACUUUUCUUCUACGGAAUGGAUCUACCAGGUAGGACUUGAAGGUGAGUACCUUGGACUUGAUAAAGUUAGUCUUGCAAAUAACUCGCUGUGGAUUCAGGGGAACUCUGUUCCAAUAAAUCAGAGUUUGAUAUGGUACAAGGCUAGCUUUUCUCCUCCAGAGGGAAAAGGUCCUGUAUCGCUAAAUCUCUCCAGUAUGGGUAAAGGUCAAGCAUGGGUAAACGGGCAGCAUGUAGGGAGAUACUGGUCUUCUUAUCGUUCACCCUCAACUGGCUGUUCAGAUAAUUGUGACUAUAGAGGAGCUUAUAAUUCAUGGAAAUGUCUGAAGAAAUGUGGUCAACCUGCUCAAGUUUUGUACCAUGUACCCCGCAAUUGGUUAACCCCUGGAAAGAACCUGCUUGUGCUGCAUGAAGAACUUGGUGGUGACCCUUCAAAGAUAUCUUUCUCAUCGCGAAUUGGACAAAAUAUUUGUGGUCAUGUAUCUGAGUCUGAUCCUCCACCUGUUGAUACUUGGAAGCCUAAUAAAGAUCUUGCAUCAUUGCGACUGAGUUGUGAACAAGGAUGGAAUAUCACUGCACUUAACUUUGCUAGCUUUGGAACUCCUAAAGGAGAUUGUGGAGCAUUCAUUAUAGGGAGUUGUCAUUUGGAUGUGUUAUCAAUAGUUCAUCAGGAUUGUGUUGGCAAGCCAGGAUGUCUUAUUCCUAUCAGCACAGCUAAGUUUGGUGACCCCUGUCCAGGAAUAGUAAAAAGUCUGGCUGUUGAAGCUUUUUGCAGUGUUUGAGAAUCAUCAAUUGCUAUGGUCCUCCUAGGAUUUAGGAAGUAUAGUCAUGCAUUAGCAUGGUAACCUUCUUGUCAAAUUUUAUGCUUUUAGCAAUCACAUGUAAUGAUCAUUUUAACCAGAGCCAGCUAGAGCGUGCAACUUGUAAUCUAUAAUCCUGAAGAGUAUCAUUAUAUGGAAAGCCGUUGCUCUUUU